AUGGCCUCCCGCGACCCGCCCGCCACCAGCUACGCCCCUCCCGACGCGCCCUCGGGGGUAUCCCUAUUGAUGAGUUCCCCUUUUCAUGUUUUUCUCUUACAGAUAUCUGGGUGCUGGGUCUGGAUCCUGGUAGCCGCCACCCAGGUGGCAAAUCCGUUGCUGCAAGGAUGGGUGCUAUAUGUCUCCCUCACAUCAUUUCUCAUCUCCCUGAUGCUCCUGUUGUCUUACUUGUUCGGAUUUUACAAAAGAUAUGAUUCCUGGAGAGUUCUGGACAGCCUGUACCACGGGACCACUGGCAUCCUGUACAUGAGCGCUGCCGUCUUACAAGCACAUGCCACGAUCAUCUCUGAGUUUACGGACCUGAGAAACUACUACAUCAACACAGCGGCCUCGUUCUUUGCCUUUGUCACCACGCUGCUCUACAUCCUCCAUGCCUUCAGCAUCUAUUACCACUGA